GGGGGAACGUUAAGCUUCUCGAGAGUCCGAGAGUCUGAGAGCCUUUGGGCGUUUCCAGGUGAAGAACUGAAAUCUUUAGUGAGAAUCAAAUUGUUUCAGGUCAUCAAAGAUACCUGUACCUCGAAUUCAAGGCCAAAUAUAAAGAGCCUCUUGAUAUCAUAUAAUCACCGAAGAGUCUGAGAAUGAAACGAAUUAGCUCAGCGUGCGGCGCUUCACACAUUUUUCAACACGAUGGAUUUCCCUAGACCCCCUGCCCGCAAGUUCGCAAUUGGCCUGAAUGCAACUUAGUGGAUGAAUGAGCCCUACCAACGGUCAAUGCAAUACCACUACAACAUCGCAAUGCAAGCCCCCAGAAACAGAGAAGCAUGUCUGUCAUGUAGUGAUGCAUUCGCAAUGUUUUGAUAUGUUUAUCACCACCCCCUCAUCAUGUUUCUCAAUGUGCUGCUGUUAUCAUCUUCGUUUUCUACAUUUUGUUGGCAUGUUGCUAUCGCGAAUGGCGUCGAUCUCAUGGUAUAUAAUUUAAAUUUUCGAGUUAUAUCCCAUGUACUUUGUAAUCCUUAAUCAACCUCGGAGAGGUUUGGACGAAAUCCAAGUCCAGCCUUGCCACUCGUAAGGCUUGGUGACAAUACUUUUCUCCUGCGAUUCACAGUUCGUGGUGGAAUUUUCAAUUCGGUGUGGAUUCUCGGGAUAGGUCAUUGGUUUAUACGAGCAACUAGAAUAUCCUUGGUGAUACUUCCUAUUGAUGUAUAUUCCAUGAGCUACUUGCAACUAGAUCUGGAUUGCUCUCUGUCGGAAGAAAUUUGGUCAGCUUCUUGUCGAAAAUUGCGAACACGACUGGUACCACAAAUUUUGAGUUUCUUAUGACAAUCUUGCGACCUUUUCAUUUCCUUGCACUUCGAAGGGGCUCAAGGGGCUCAAGGGGCUCAUUGAGUCAGCAUGUCUACCCCCAAUGCCGAAUCGUCCAAUAUCUCAACAGAGGAGUGCGAGCGCUGUUUCGCCUUUUUACAGACCAUUCACGGACAAGAGUUUCUACAAGCAUGUUAUGAGGAACGCGAAGAGCGAAAACGUACCAGCAAACCAAAUACAAUUCACGGGAAACUCUUGAAACUCUCUGAGGUUCGGAAGCAUCACGAAUGGGAAGCACACAAACGCGAUAUAUUCUUCUACUACAUGCGAAAUUUUAGCUCCGCCGGCAUAUUACGAGAGAUCACUGCCACAGGCUAUCGGUUUUCAAAUCAAUCACCUCGAACUUGUGAUAAUAGAUUGGAGGCAUGGGGUUACCCUCUUAAUCCACAAUUCAGACAGAUCUUUCUGAGUCGAUUACGAGAGGAAGCAGCAGCUUGGGAAAGAAAAAUCCAACUUGACCCUCAGGAUAAUUUCUCGAUCGCAUAUGACCUAUCGAAUUUAGACACAGAAGCUCGUCGCAGUCAUGCCCACCUCGAUGUAUUCAACACACCAUUUGGAUUUGGAGAUUCUCCAACUCUUGGCGCCACUAAAAGAAAGACAAUAACCGAUGUCAUAGAAUCACUUGACAGCAAAGCGUCGAAAUCCAUUACGCCACAAGUUUCUGCAAUUAUGGACCAUACUUUUCAAUUAGAUCGUGUUUCGCCGAGAAAGUUUGACGAAUUUACCAAUGGGCAAAUUCCAAUGGACAAUAGUUUUACUUCUUCGGCAAGUUCGUUCAUCUCACAGGAAACUAUUGGCUGGGCCAAAACUCAGAAGGAUAACGAUAUAUCCUCCGAAUAUGUUAACCCCGAUGUGUUAACUACACCAAUCUCGUUUAUCAAAUCUGAUACCGAUUCUGGCUAUUACUCGAUGGAGGUUGUGGAGAAACCCUUAGGAUACCAGGAGAUAGGUGAUCAGGUACAAGAGGAACAAGAGGCGUCUGUUGAUGGAGAGUUUGACGUGGUUGGCCGUAGACCUGAUAGUCCGGACCAGGCUUACUACCAACUCUUCGAUGCUAAUUCUAUGAUUCCAUCGAAUGAAAUGAACUCUCUUCUACGACAGAAGCUGGAUUCUCCCCGCCGAUCAUCUAUACUACACAAGAUCCCCUGUAGGAAUGAUCACAUGGAUGUUGCACUCGGCAAGAGAACUAUGUGCGAAUGUGGGGUUACCCAAGUCCAUGCUGUCUGCCUCUGUAUGAUCGAUCUCCCUGACCAUCAGAUUCUCGCAAUCCUAGGACAAGUCUUCAACAAAGACGAGAUCGAUGGGGCAGGAAAUACCCCACUCCAUUACGUUGCAGCAGCUGGGCGAAAGAAUGUCCUUGAAUACAUGAUUGCGUCAGGCAUCAACGCUGGACGAUUAAACACAAUUGGCCAGAGCUUCUUACAUGUCUUGGAUGCUAGUCGUUUUAGUGAUGAUUUGAUUAACUUCCUUCAGAUAUUCAAACAUAGUGGCUUACUGGAGCAACGUGAUCAUAAUGGGCGAACGGUGCUGCAUGGUCUUCUUCGAAAUCCAAUACUGCCUCAUGUGUACCACGACCUAGUAGAUUUCUACGGACCCGAAAGAGCAAUACAAUUCUCACUUCGGGACAAUCAAGGUCUGACAGCAGCACAACAUAUACGAAAUGUUGCUCAAACUCAAAACCCUUAUGCAUCAUAUGGCCAUGUCGGCUACGCUCAAGCUAUAGUAGUCUACGAAAAUAUCGCCAAUCGGUUCAUUACGCAGACGGAAAUUCCCGGUAAUUCCAUUGAGGAGACACAAAACCGUAUUGCGGUUCUUAGAAAUUCCAAUCCUAAUGUGGCGGACUCUGUUCCGAAUACCGAGGAUAGUACGGGUAGUAAUGCUCUCCAUUGCUUGGUCCUACCACCCAGAACUUGUACUCUGGAAGAUACCGAAAGACGCCUCGAUAAGCUAAAGCAAUACAUAUUUUUCGGGGCAGACAUCAAUCAUUAUGAUCAAGCCGGUAGAACACCACUUCUCGCAGCCAUCAUCGAAUCUACAUCUCCCACAAAUGAAUCUACUACCAAAGCAAUUGUCGAAUUGCUGUGCCAGAAUGGUGCUAAUAUCUAUCAAAAGGAUCGAGAUGGUCACACUGCAUUAUACCACGCGAUACGCAAAGGUUACUGUGACUGUGUUGCCAUUCUAAUUCAACACAGGGCCCAUGUGAAUUGUAGAGCACCAAAUGGGCGCAGUUAUCGAAUGGUUGCGCAGGAUUAUUUACAGGAGCAUCUAUCGGCUAAUGAUCAAGAAGGGUUUGAUAAACUACAAAAACGACUAGCUGUUGUAUCGGCCUUAGUCGCUUGCAGAGCUGUGUUGGAGCCAACGCUGCUUCAGGCCUGGGGUGUUGAUGCGACGUGAGAGUGAUUGAGGGAAGAGACAAAUUGUUAUCGUGAUUCCAUUGGCUGUUAGGCUAUGGUAUAGCGAGAACUAACCAAGUCAAUAAAGGCGUCAAAGGGAUAAAGAGAUCUCUGUACCACUAGGCUCGUCGAAGAAGGAGAAUUGAGCAUUUGGUUUACAAGGGGUAGCCAAGGGGUAAAUAAGCGAAACAUGGCGUAUAUUACUGCUUGAAGAUGUCUUCGGCAAACUCGUCUAGUGAUAUGAUAUAUGACAUACAUGAUAGAUAGCGAGCUAGUUGGAUCAAGGAUUUGGCCAAGAAAGAAACACGUGUGGCCUUAGUUUAUUCAUCGAUUACCCCUCAGAAGAUGGCUCUACUGGUUGCGAUUCUACCUAUUGGGAUGCCACACUAUUCGACAUGAGUGACCACUAAUUCAAUGUAUAUUCA